ACCCGAUUCUACACCCACCCUGCAUUUGACCUGUUAUUCACGUUACAUUCUCCCAGAUGCUUUCUGCACGACUGUCCGUGUGGCCUUAUGAGCCCUCGCGACGCCAUUAUCAUAGAUGUGGAGACAAGCACUGCUGUUAAAGCACGCUAUUCCGCAGCAGAUGCUAUAGUCUAUCGCUGUGCCUGGAACAACGAACAUUCUCAAGCUUGCGGUAUAUUCAUUGGGGGCACUCACAAAAAUAUUCUGUCCCAUCUCCGGCGAUGCCAUGGCGUCGGGUUCAGUACUAGAGAAGACAUCAAUUGCUUGUGGGGUUCAUGCUUGAGGGCAGAACAUUUGAAGAUAGGCAGCAUUCCGAGGCACGUUGCUACACAUCUCGGGAUUCGGUCAAAAUGUUCAGGAUGCGGACGUGUCAUGUCACGCGAAGAUGCCGUUCAAGACCAUAUAAAAAAAUCUCCUGGCUGUGUUGGAGCCAUUGUCGAGAUGGUUCCUGGUCCGGAAGCUCGACUGAUUGUGUCAGCGCAUCGGUAGCUUUAUGGAAAGCAGCAACUUAACAACUUUUUUUAUCUUGCGUCCUUGUCUGAACUUGAGACUCUCCAGAUCUUCAUAUCAUACGCGCUGCUUGAUUACAAUAUAGCUACUUUCUGUUACUUUGUGAGUAUCUCGCACGAAACGUCCAUUUCUCUGCAAACGAAUCAAUGCCACAUCUCAGACUACCUAAUUUAUUAUGACGCAUACUACUCUACUAUGAUGCACACUUUAUGCAGCUCCCCCCCUUUCAAAUGCCCAAUAUCUCUUGUUUUUGUAUCUAUACUCACUCGAGCCUCGUCAUACUUCUUUUCAUUGCUGUUCAAUCACUUUCGCUGGAC